UCUCAAACACCAUCACUGACAGAGUCUGCUAUGCCACCAAGCAGACGUACUAUUUAAUCUUUCGUCAUUGCUGCUGUUGCUGCCCCGUUUCCUCGAGCUGUAGCAAUAGUGGUAGUAGUAAAAAAAAAAACCUGUGCAAGUCUAUAAGUAGUUGUUGCCCAGCAGACGACUAUAGAGAAAAUAUAUUUAUAUAUAUAUAAUACUAGUAUUAUUAUUACGGCCUUAAAAAAAACAAACUUUUUCGGAUAAUACCUGAAAGAUUUACUGGCUCUGCCUUCGAAAGAAGAAGCGUCGUCUACAAGUCCAUAAUAUAUAUACAUAAACAUGUAUAUAUAGAUGGACAUACAUGUAUAAACACUGGCACGGCAAUGAUUUGAAGAGAAUGAAAGUAACAAAGUAACGGGAACUUUUGAAGAAUCUUUUAUCUUAAUCCAUCACUAACGACGCGUUUAAACAACACCGUUCUGACUCCUGCGACUACACACAUUGCUACUACCAUUUCACUAUUGCCACUACCUGCGUGGAGGUGAAGUACGGAGGCUGUCAGGUUCGGCCUGCUACUAAAAGCAGAGGAGGAGUGCACUGUUGCUUCACUCUGAGUCGAUAAAUCUUCAUCAACAACAUGGCGGAUUCGGCUGAGCCAGGCGGGGGAGAGCAGGACGACAUUUCGUUUCUUAGAACGGAAGACAUUGUUUGUCUCAGUUGUUUAGCAUCCACAGCAAGAGAAAAUGAUAGCGGUGAGAGAUAUUGUCUGGCUGCUGAAGGUUUUGGAAACCGAAUUUGUUCCCUCAUCAAUAUUUCCAAUAAGGAUGUACCACCUGAUAUGUCAGUAUGUGCCUUUGUUCUGGAACAAGCUCUCUCAGUCAGAGCUUUACAAGAGAUGGUCACAUCAGCUUCCCAUGAUUCAAGGGCCACACAAUCAGGACAUAGAACUCUUUUAUAUGGUCAUGCUGUUUUACUUCGACAUCUUCACAGUAGCAUGUAUCUGUCUUGUCUCUCAACUAGUUCAUCAAAUGACAAACUGGCAUUCGAUGUCGGCUUACAAGAAAUGGCUGAAGAUAAAAGUCGCCAGUCUGGUGAAUCAUGUUGGUGGACGAUACAUCCUGCUUCCAAACAGAGAUCAGAGGGUGAGAAAGUGCGUGUGGGAGAUGACCUUAUCCUCGUCAGCGUUUCCUCAGAAAGAUAUUUGCACAUUGGUUACGGGGUGAGUGUGAUUGCAUCUUUCCAACAAACAUUAUGGACAGUGGUCCCUAUGUGUUCAGGAGCAAUCAGAUUAAAGUCUCUUGGAUUUGUAUUUGGUGGAGAUGUAGUGAGACUUUUUCACGGUCAUAUGGAUGAAUGCCUUACAAUACCACGAUCAGGAAGUGAAAAUGAGGACAAUGCAGUGAUGUAUGAAACUGGUGCUGUUUGUAGCCAUGCAAGGUCUUUAUGGCAAUUAGAACACAUCAGAACAAAGUGGUCGGGAGGAUUCUUGGGCUGGGGUUCCCAAUGCCGCAUUCGACACAUUACCUCUGGAAGAUAUUUGUCAAUACAUAGUGAUAACCAAGUGGUAACAGUUCACAGAAACCGAGCAACAGAAGAGCUAACCACAUUUCUUCUUUUGAUGACUAAAGAUGAGAAAAAACAAAGUGAAGGAAGAGAAGAUGAAGGCAUGGGAAAAGCAGAUAUCAAAUAUGGAGAUUCCAUGACUUUUAUUCAGCACUGCGCUUCAGGACUAUGGCUGUCAUACAUGACCUACGAAACUAAGAAAAGAGGAGUGGGGAGAGUUGAAGAGAAAAAGGCAGUGCUGUUACUUGAAGGACACAUGGAUGAUGCUUUUACAUUGAGCAGAGCCCAAGAAGAAGAAUCUCGGUCUGCUAGAGUUAUCAGGAAAUGUCAGUCCCUCUUCCAUAGAUUCAACAAGGCAUUGGACUCCCUUAAGACUGAAGGAAGAACAAGUCAUGCCUGGUCCAGAAUUACUCUGGAAGAGGUCCUGAAAAGUCUAGAGGAUCUAAUCGAGUAUUUUGCUCAACCUGGGGAGGAUGAAGAGCAUGAAGAAAGGCAAAGCAAACUGAAAGCUUUGAGAAAUCGCCAAGAUUUGUUCCAAGAAGAGGGUAUGAUUGCAUUAGUACUUGAAACGAUUGAUAAAUUCAUUCAAUACAAAAGCCGUAGACAUUUCGCUCACUAUGCCGGAGAAGAAGCAGCUGAAAAAUGGGACGACAUUUCAAGUUAUCUAUACCUACUGUUAGCUGCAAUGAUUCGAGGGAAUCGUGCAAACUGUGCUCAGUUUGCCCAGUCUUACAGACUGGAUUGGUUAGUAAGCAGACUAGAGAGUCAACAGUCAUCUACAGGGGUUCUUGAUGUCCUUCAUUGUGUAUUAAUUGACAGUCCUGAGGCACUGAACAUGAUCAAAGAAAAACACAUUGUCACUAUCAUCUCACUCAUUGACAAACAUGGAAGAGACCCAAAGGUUUUGGACGUACUUCGGUCUUUGUGCGUUGGUAAUGGUAUUGCUGUUCGUACAAAUCAAAAUCUAAUCUGUGACAAUUUGCUCCCUGGAAGAGAUCUUUUAUUGCAAACAAAACUUGUUGAUCAUGUCACAAGCAUGAAGCCUAAUACCUAUGUUGGGUUACAUGAAGGGUCAGCCAUGUACAAAAAAUGGUAUUUUGAAGUGGUUAUUGCAUUCAUUGAACAAUGCACACACCAGACACCUAUUCUUCGUAUUGGUUGGGGAAAUACUGAAGGUUUUGUUCCUUAUCCUGGAGGUGGUGAACACUGGGGUGCCAAUGGAGUUGGAGAUGAUCUUUAUUCCUAUGCAUUUGAUGGUGUCAACUUGUGGACAGGUGGAAAACCCAAACAAGUUCGACAUGAAAGCCAAGUUUUUGAGAAAGGACACACUAUCGGCUGUGCUUUAGACUUAAGUAUUCCUCAAAUUUCCUUUACUGUAAAUGGAAAUAAAGUCCAUGGUGUGUUUAAAGACUUCAACACGGAUGGAAUGUUUUUUCCUGUGGUCAGCAUGUCAGCAAGAGUCAGUCUUCGUUUUAUGCUUGGAGGAGAGCAUGGACGAUUAAAAUUUGGUCCACCAGAUGGUCAUUCACCUGUGCUGGAAAGUUUAUUACCAAGAGAGAAGUUGAAAAUUGACCCAUGUUUCUACUUUGGAGAACAACACAAGAACAUCGUCAGCGGUCCAACAGAAGUUCUCGAAUACAAUGCAUUUGUUCCCAGUCCAAUAGACACAACACAUGUACAACUUCCAGCUUAUAUUGAAAAUGUCCGUGACAAAUUAGCAGAAAAUAUUCAUGAACUGUGGUCUAUGAACAAAAUCGAACAAGCCUGGACAUAUGGUGAGGUCAGAGAUGAUGCAAGGAAAAAACAUCCCUGUCUCUGUACUUUUGAACAACUACCAAUGUCUGAGAAAAAAUAUGAUAUUACGCUGGCUUUUGAAACAUUAAGAACAUUGUUAGCCUUGGGGUAUCAUAUCAGCAUCCAACAUAAAAAAGAAUCAAGCAGGCUGAAGAUGGUAAAACUUGGAUCCUAUUAUUUACAAGGUAAUGGAUACAAGCCCUGCCCACUGGAUUUAAAUACAAUCCAUUUGAAUGAAAAGAUGGAAGAACUAGUUGAUCUUCUUGCUGAAAACACCCAUAAUGUUUGGGCAAAAGAUCGCAUUAAACAAGGCUGGACAUAUGGACUUUGUGAGGAUAAUGUCAACAAACGAAGUCCAUACCUUGUACCUUACAGCAAAGUUGAUGAGCAUAUCAAGAAAGCAAAUCGUGAUACAGCCAGUGAGACUGUCAAGACAUUAAUGGCCUAUGGUUACAUUCUGGAACCACCAACAAAUGAAGGGGGUGACGGAGGAUCCCAAGUGACACAGACAAUAGCUGAAAAGAAAUGUACAUCAAGGACAUACAGAGCAGAACUUACUUAUGCAAUUUCACAUGGCAAGUGGUACUAUGAGUUUGAAGUAAUCACUCCUGGCUAUAUGCGACUUGGAUGGGCCAAGGCUUCCUUUGAUCCUGGGUGUGAAUUGGGAACUGAUGGCUUAUCCUAUGGUUUUGAUGGCUUUUUGGCAAGAAAAUGGUUCCAAGGUUCUGAACCUUAUGGGAAAUGUUGGCAAGCAGGAGAUGUUAUUGGUUGCAUGUUAGAUCUUAAUGAUAAAAUCAUAACAUUCUCCUUAAAUGGUGAAUUAAUGAUGGACGCCUUAGGCCAAGAGAUAGCUUUCCGGAAUAUCGACACAAAUGAAGGUUAUGUACCUGCUUUCACCUUUGGUGCUCACCAACAAGCCAGAGUCAGUUUUGGGCAGGACAUCAAUAAGCUGAAAUAUUUUACUUGCUAUGGUCUCCAGGAAGGUUAUGAACCAUUCUGUGUAAAUAUGACAAGACAAAUGACACUCUGGUAUUCAAAAAAUCAACCUAUUUUUGAGCCAUUGACUUCAGACCAUUCCCGUUUGGAAGCUGUAAGAAUACCUGGAGGAACUAACAUCACACCAGCAUUAAAAAUUUCUUCAAAAAACUUUGGUACUUUGGAACAUGUAUGCUUGGAAUACGUUCGCCUAAGUUUACCAGUAACUUGUAUGGAAGAAUAUGUUGCUAAGGACAGAACCAUCCAGUCAGAAAUAGAUCACAAAAUGAAUUUAGAAAAUAUUCGACGUCAUGAAAUGGACAUUGAAGAGGAGAGAAAUGCUUAUGCUGAUAUGCCAGGCCAGAACUACAGCGAUGCCAAUAUAAGUGAUGCUUCAGUUGAAAAAGGAAGCAAAGUAAUUGCUGAUACCUUGAAGAGGAUAGCAGGGGGUACCUCUGAUUCCAGCACUACUGAAUCACAUCGAGAAGGAUCGCUCAACAUCAGUGAUACUACUGAAAAGUCUGACGGUGGUACUGAUGAUUUCUUCCCACGACAUAUAAAUGGUGGCCCUGAGUUAACAUUAAGGAAAUCACUUCAUCAUGACUAUGCUGGUGACGAAUCUCUGUCUGAUGCUGAUCAAAGAAGAACAUCCUUUUUGAGGAACAAAAAUGCCCACCAUUCUUUAGAUGAACCAACUCUGCAUGAUUCUAGUCUUCCCGGCAUGAAGACUGCAGCGAGUGAGUCUCAUUUGGUCGACAGCUAUUUAGGAAUUGAUAAUGAGAGAAAGAAAUCUACUUCCAAACUUUCUCUUUUGGCUGAAAAACUCAGUGAUCCAAAGGCCAGCAAAGCAGCUAAAAAUUCCAAGUCACCAUUCGCAACACUGUUUCGAAGAUCAAAAUCCAGGGAACCUUCUCCAACUCCUCGAGAUAUGAAAUCUAAAACACUCGAUUCAUUGAAGCCUGGCAAACUUGGCAGGUCUCAACGCUCCAACAGAUCUAUAGCUGGUUCUCAGAAUAUUCAAAAGGGUAAUGUGGAAGGUGGCAGCCCUGCAAUUAAUAUCGAAGGUCCUGAUGGAUUGAUUCCAUAUGAGUUUCAGGAUGUCAAAGAUAUACACCAUGGAUUCAGCAAUGUCUCUAUGGGUUCCGACUAUGAAAUGUCCGAGGCUGAAAUUGCUGAAAUGAAUGCCUUGACUGAAACUAUGCAUGAAUAUUACUAUUCUGUACGCAUCUUCCCUGGGCAGGACCCCAAUCAGCUAUAUGUUGGUUGGGUGACCCCUGGCUUUCACAUGGGAGGCAGGUCCUUCGAUAUGAAGAAGAUCAGGAAUGUCAUCAUCUCAACCCAAGAUGUAGAAUAUAAAUACAGACAAAGUGUAAGCCGCAAAAACUGUUAUAUGGUAUGUGCAGGUGUAUUACAACAGCGUUAUGGUGGAACUCAUGAAGAAUCAAGCAAAAAAUCCUCACCAGGUCUUGUUAUUGGCUGCUACAUUGAUACAGCCACAGGAAUAUUAAGUUUUAGUGUUAAUGGAAAGGAGGUGGCAAAUAAAUACCAGGUUGAACCUGGAACCAAACUUUUUCCAGCUGUAAUUUUUGAACCAACAAUCAAAGAAAUGUUCCAGUUUGAAUUAGGACGGACAAAAAAUACUUUGCCCUUAUCUGCUGCCCUGUUCCGUGGCCCUAAAUCUAUCCAACCUGCCUGUCCACCACGCUUAGAUUUACAAGUAAUAAAACCUUCACAUUGGGCAAGAGUCCCAAAUACAUCCCUCAAAUCACAUUCUAUAAAGAUGUCAGAAGUACGAGGCUGGAGUUUGGUAUGUGACGAACCAGUUUCUAUGAUGGCUGUUUACAUACCAGAAGAAGAUAGUUGUCUUGAUGUGCUAGAACUUAUAGAACAUCCAUUAUUACUGAACUUUCAUGCACGAACACUGGAUUUGUACCAAGCAGUCUGUUCUCAUGGCAAUCACCGAGUUGCCCAUGCACUCACCAGACACAUUGAUGAGAAACAAUUAUACUAUUGUAUUGAAAGUGAAUAUAUGUCAGGUCCUUUAAGACAUGGAUUUCAUGGUUUACUAAUUUCUAUGCACAUGGAGUAUCACAGUAAAGCCAGGUUUAUGACUCAGAAUGAAUACAUCAUACCCCGCAGUGAAAAAACCAGAGCCUUAACUUUAUAUCGUAAACCAGUCGAGGCAACUUCAUUUAAAUUAAGUGAUACUAUACCAAAAGUGGAAGAUAGUGUAUCAAUUCGUCCUUGCCUUUACACUACUGAGAAAGAAAUUGAAGACAGAGCUAAAACUAUCCCCAAAGAGUCUCUCUGUCCAUAUUAUCCAAUGGAUAAACUAAAACAACAUGUAAUAUACUCCUUGAAUGAAGCUGUUGUAAAAGGUGCUUCUCAUAUCAGAGAUCCAAUUGGUGGAAGCAAUGAAAAUCUUUUUGUUCCUCUCUUUCGUGUUUGUGACAACCUUCUGCUGAUGGGAUUAUUAAACGAUGAUGAUCUCAUAAUAUUACUAAGCCUCAUUGAUCCACCUUCAUUUGAUCCUAAUGGAGAACGAGUUUCAGUAAAACAUGGCUUACUUAGUAUGGAGUUGGCAGAACCAGUCAAAGUUGAGAUGUGUCGAAUUCUGCAGCAUUUAUGUGACUACCAGUUACGACAUCGUGUUGAAACUAUAGUUGCAUUUUCUGAUCAUUUUGUGGGAGAAUGCCAAACAGACCAGUUGCGUCGUUACAACACCAUCAAACAAUCAGAUCUUCCUUCUGCUGUUACUGCUAAAAAAACCAGGGAAUUUCGAUGUCCACCACAACAGCAGAUGAAAAAUCUUCUUAAAUUCAAAUCUGAAGAAGAAUUUGAUGAAGACAUUUGUGCAUGUCGGGAAGAUUUUCGAGAGUCUCUAUUGAAUUACCAUCAAACUUUAAUGAUUCAUUGUGAAAUGCCAACUUUGCAAAAACAGCCUGAAGCAAAUGAAACUGAGCAGUUAGAUGACUCUCCGAAAUCGAUGAAAGAAAAAUUAAAAUGCUUGAUCUGGAGGGUUAAAAAAGAAGAAGAAAUCAAAGAAAAAUCGUCUGAUGAAGAAACCAAAAAUGAUUCUCUACAAAAACUUAUUGCCCAAACAAUGGUUCGGUGGGGAGAAGAAACAUUCCUCUCUGACCAGAACCUGGUCAGAGAAAUGUUUAGUCUGCUUCACAGACAGUAUAAUGGUGUUGCAGAAUUACUUUCUGCUUUGGAGAAAGCUUAUGUAAUCAGUAAUUCUAGUAUUGAAGACAUCAACGAAUUAUUAAAAGCUUUAGGACACAUCCGUUCUUUGCUUUUGGUCCAAGUGGCCGUUGAUGAGGAAGAGUCCAUGAAAACAAGCCUCAAGGAACUCAUGGACAACAAAGUAUUUUUCCAGCAUCCUGAUUUGAUGCGUGCUUUAUGCGUACAUGAGACAGUUAUGCAGCUUAUGGUAAACACACUUAACAAAGCACAACAGCAUCAACAAGCAGCAGCAUCUGAGCAAGCAGCUGGUAACAGAACAUCAAUUGCUGGUGCUCCAAGUGAAAGUGAUCCUAGUGCUGUACAAAGUAAGCAAGAUGCUUGUGCUGAAAUGGUUGUCAUGUGUUGCCGCUUCCUCUGUUAUUUCUGCCGCAUCAGUCGACAAAAUCAAAGAGCAAUGUUUGAACAUCUGAGUUACUUGCUGGAAAACAGCAGCAUGCUUCUCGCUCGUCCAUCACUGCGAGGCUCCUGUCCACUUGAUGUUGCAUAUUCUUCUCUUAUGGAUAACAACGAACUUGCUUUAGCUCUCAGAGAGUCGAAUUUGGAAAGAAUUACUGUUUAUUUGUCUCGUUGUGGUCUCCAAAGCAAUGCUGAACUUUUGGAGAAAGGAUAUCCUGAUAUUGGUUGGGAUCCUGUAGAAGGAGAGAGAUUUUUGGACUUUUUCCGAUUCUGUGUCUGGGUAAAUGGAGAAAGUGUGGAAGAGAAUGCCAAUCUAGUAGUUCGCCUACUUAUCCGCAAGCCUGAGUGCUUAGGACCAGCCCUGCGUGGUGAAGGAAGCGGAUUGCUUAAGGCUACCCGAGAUGGAAUCAAAAUGUCUGAACAAAUUGCAGCAGCCAAAGACACUAAUGCUGCAAACUUCCUCAGAGUUAUUAAUGAUGAUGAUGACACAGGUGGAGAAUACCUUUUCCAAAGUAAAUAUGAUUUUACAACUCUACCAGCUGAUGAUGAUGAAGACUACAUAGACAUGGGAUGUGCAAUCCUCAACUUCUACUCCAGUUUGGUUGAUUUAUUAGGACGCUGUGCUCCUGAUGCUGAAACCCUUAAAGCUGGACGAAGCAAUUCUUUGAGAGCUCGUGCUAUUCUUCGGAGUUUGGUGUCAAUGGAAGACCUUGAAGGUGUAUUAGGACUCCGAUUUAUUUUACCAUCUGGAUUUGGGCAAUACGAAGAAGGAGUACCAGUUCCUCUACCUCCUGGAUUGGUGCCCACGCAUAAAGCAGCCAUUGUGCUGUUUUUGGAAAGAGUCUAUGGAAUACCAGAUCGAACAGUUUUCUUCAGAUUACUAGAAGAUGGUUUCCUACCUGAUCUUCGAGCAGCAACAUCAUUGGAUACAGUCACCCCAGAUGAAAGUGAUAUGGCAUUGGCACUUAACAGAUACUUAUGUAACUCCGUCCUACCCUUGAUGACUACCCACUGUCACUUCUUUAGAGAUGCUGACCAUGUAUCUGCCUUGAUGGACAACACUUUGAAUACCGUAUACAGAUAUACAAAGUGCCGCUCUCUCACCAAGGGACAACGAGAUGUUGUAUGUGAUUUCCUUGUGGCGUUCACACAUCAAAUAACACAAGGAAACUGUCAACUCCGUCCACCAAUGAUGACAAAGCUUCUGAGAAAAAUGACUGUGGAUGUACCUGCUUUAUCUGAUAGUGCAGUUGUGCCACUAAGAUUGUUAACAUCGCAUUAUGAGAGGUGUGGAAGUUACUAUGGAAGCCACGGUGGUUGGGGAUCUUUUGGAUCUGCAAGUGAGGAAGAACGUCGUCUGACAAUGGUUCUUUUCAGUGGCAUAUUUGACUCAUUGGCCCAAAGAGGUUAUGAUCCAGAACUGUUUUCUCGGGCCUUACCAUGCCUCUCAGCUAUAGGCUGUGCUAUGUCUCCAGAUUAUUCCUUGACUAACCAAGAUGACAUUUCUACUGUUCAAGGGGUAGAAGCAGAGUAUGUUCCUAAUCCAGUCAAUACCAAAAGCAUUACAUUAAAUCCUGCUCUAGAAGCUGUGGUUUCAAAAUUUGCAGAGCAUUAUCAUGAUUGCUGGGCUGUUAAAAAGGUUGACCAGGCCUGGGUCUAUGGAACAGAAUAUAAUGAAGACAAGAAAACCCAUCCAUCACUGAAACCAUAUCAUCUUCUUACAGAAGCAGAAAAAUUCAAAUACACAGAACCAGUAAGGAAUUCCUUGAAGUGCACUAUAGCACUUGGAUGGUCUUUGGAUUGUGAAGAUAGCAGACUUUUACAGUCAAAUGAGGGCAUCAAAAGACGAGCUUCAAAAUCAAAUGUACAUGAUCAAGGCUACAGCCCUCGACCUUAUGAUCUCCGUAACAUGACUGUAACAAGAGAAAUGCAGAAUUUGGCAGAAAGGCUGGCAGAAAAUAUGCAUGAAGUUUGGUUUAAACAAAAGAAAUUAGACUUAGAAUCAAUUGGUGGAGGAAUUCAUCCACUGUUGGUACCAUAUGAUAGUCUGACAGAUCAUGAGAAGAAAAAAGAUAAAGAACAUGCUCAAGAACUCCUCAAAUUUUUGCAAUUUUUAGGUUUUAGAAUCAGUUGUGGCAGUAUGUCUCAACAUACACAUGAAUCUUCAUCACGACAUGGCAAAGAUAAUGAUGGCGGUGCAUCUGUAUCAGCCACAGAGAAACGUUUUGCCUACAGUUUGUUACAGAAGCUUUUAGAAUAUCUGGACAAAGCCUCAAUUAACAUGAAACAAACCAAGCCUAGUAGUCGAUUCAGUCGACGAGAAAGUUAUACAACAGCAACAGAAGAUGUAAAAUUCUUUGGGAAGGUUGUUUUACCAUUUGUGGAGAGGUAUUUCCAUGCUCACCGUUUGUAUUUUAUUGCAUCACCAACUUCUCCAAGUUCAUCAGGAAUGGCAUCGUCAAAAGAAAAAGAAAUGACUGCCACUCUCUUUUGUAAAUUAGCCCAAGCAUUAAGAAGUAAAAUUAAUGCCUUUGGUCAUGAUGUCAACAUAUCCGUCAGGUGCUUACAAGUGCUUGUCCAAGCUGUUGAUGCAAGGUCCGUAGUGAAAAAUUCACCAGAAAUAAUCAGGGCUCACUUUAUGCCAUUUUUUAACAAUGCUGCUGCUGACUUGGCAAAUUUAAUGGACAAUCUUCAUAAAGGUCGAUUUAGUCAUGUCAAAGGAACUAUCACUCGGGGUGCCACAAGCCUUAACUAUGUCCAUAUGGUCCUUCUUCCUGUUCUUUCAUCCUUAUUUGAACAUCUCGGCCACAAUAGUUAUGGAGCUGACAUAUUAGUUGGUGAAGUUCAACUCGCAUGUUAUCGAAUACUAAAUGCUCUUUUCUCACUUGGUAUGAGUGGUUCUUCAUUUUCUCAUCGAGAGACCAUCUCAGUGGAACUAGCCAGACAUCGGCCUGUUCUUGGUGAAUGCAUUGGAGCUUUUGCUAGCUGCUUUCCUGUGGCAUUUUUGGAACCUAAACUCAAUACCUAUAAUAAAUUUUCAGUAAUGUAUGGCAUUAAAGGAAAUAUUGCUGAACAUUCACUGGAAGCACAAGAUGUCAGUUCAUCAGAAGGUGAAGCUAAACCUGAAAAGGGGUCAGAUGAUGUGAUGGACAGUUUAUCUGAAUGCGUGCCUGGCUUAGAGUCUAUCAUCACAGAUAUUGACAAACUUGCUGAAUCUGGUGGGGAUUGUCAAGAUUCUCCACACAUUAUGGAUGUCACUUUGCCAAUGUUAUGCAGUUAUUUACCAUUCUGGUGGUCUCAAGGACCAGACAAUGCUUCUUCUACAGAUGGCAAUCAUGUGACAACUGUAACAGCAACUUUAAUGAAUGAAGUAUUGGGGAAAGUACUUCGUCUCAUAUUGAACAAUGUCAAUAAUCCAAAUGCUUCCUGGAUGAAUCGGAUUGCAUCUCGAGUUCAACCAAUCAUUGGUAACUCAACACCAUAUAUGGUUGAAGAACAUUUCCUACCAAUAGCUAAAAAGAUUCAAACAUGUGCUCUGAAUGUUGAACAUGCUGAGAAGAAACUCUCUGAUCGUAGAGUCAGUAGUGAUAAUUCAGAUUUGGAAGGAGAACUUCAGCAGUAUUAUGGCGUUUUGGUACGGGACCUGUACGCUUUCUACCCACUACUUAUCAAAUACGUCGACCUUCAUCGUUCAAGUUGGCUUAAAAAUCCUAUUGUUGCAGCAGAAGAACUUUUCAACUGUGUAGCCUACAUUUUCACACUGUGGUCAAAGUCCCUACUGUUCAAGAGAGAAGAACAAAACUUUGUAUCUCAGAAUGAGAUAGACAACAUGGCAUUGAUUAUGCCCAGCCAAGCUAAAGGAUUGUCAGUUGUGAAAGUUGAAGACGACCAAACCAGACAAACAUCUGGAAGAAAGAAAGACAAGAAAAGAUUAGAAGCUCAUAACAGUCUAAAUGUAGCUUGUCUCAAGCGGUUGUUCCCUAUUGGCCUCAGUUUCUUCAGCGGAAGAGAGCAGGAGCUACUGCAGUACACCAAAGAAAAGCUUAUAAGAAAGGAACCGGAAGGAGACAUCGAAACUUUCCUGAAGGCACUACUGGAAACAGUUGAAGGGGAGGUCGAACCAGAGCAAUGGCAGAAAUUACUCUUCCGAAAAAUAGGAGACAGCAAGUUGAGCAGUAAUAUUGAGCUAAACAGUGAAAAGAGUAUUGAAAGAAUUGUAUCAAUGGCCAGAGUUAUGUUUGGACUACAUAUGGUUGAACAUCCAUCUCUUGGACUUAAGGGUGCUUGGAGAAAAGUCAUCUCAUCACAAAGAAAACGUGCUGUGAUGGCCUGUUUCCGUAUGGUUCCACUUUAUGGCUUACCAAGACAUCGAGCCAUGAACCUAUUUUUGAAGGCGUAUCGUCUAACAUGGCUUGCUACAGAAGAAGUCAGUAAAAAUGUUCUUAUCGAAGAUCUAACUAUUGCUAAAGAGGAAGAAGAAGAAGUUGAGAAGAAAGAAGUAGAGGAAGACAAAAAACCAGAUCCUCUCAAUCAAUUAAUCAUUGCAUUAUGUCGAGGCGCAACCAAAGAACAAAGUGAUGGCCUUGAAGCUGACGAACUCUAUAUAGCUUAUGCAGAUAUAAUGAGUAAAAGUUGUCAUGGUGAAGAUGAAGAUGAUGAUGAUGAUGGAGGGGAUGAUGCCACUACAUCACUGCAGAUAAAGCUGGAUCGACUAAAGGAACAAGAAAUGGAAAAACAACAGCUUCUUUCUGAACAAUCUCGAUUAUCAGAACGUGGAGCAGCAGAGAUGAUCCUACUUUAUAUCAGUGCAACUAAAGGUGUAUAUAGCCCGAUUGUUGAUCACACAAUUGAACUUGGUAUAUCUCUACUGAGAGGAGGUAAUAUUGACGUACAAAAGAGAAUGCUAAAACAUCUCAAAGACAAAAAAGAUGUUGGGUUUUUUACAUCAGUGGCUGGACUUAUGCAGCAAUGCAGUGUGCUUGACCUGGAUGCUUUUGAACGUUGUAACAAAGCUGAGGGACUUGGAAUGAGUACUGACACUGGACCUGGGGAGAAAAACUUACAUGAUGCAGAAUUCACCUGCAAACUAUUCCGCUUCUUACAAUUGCUUUGUGAGGGUCACAAUCUUGAAUUCCAAAAUUAUCUCAGAACACAAGCAGGAAACAAUACAACAGUGAAUAUUAUCAUUUGCACUGUGGAUUACCUUCUUCGUUUACAAGAAUCUAUUAUGGACUUCUACUGGCAUUAUUCUGGUAAAGAUUUAAUUGAUCCUGCCGGAAAGGCUAACUUUUGCCGAGCCAUCAUGGUAGCUAAAUAUGUGUUCAGAUCACUCACUGAGUAUAUUCAGGGUCCAUGUGCCCAAAACCAAUUGGCUUUAGCCCACAGCAGAUUGUGGGAUGCUGUUGGUGGGUUUCUUUAUAUAUUUGCCCAAAUGCAAGACAAAUUAUCAAAAGAUUUUGAGCAAUUGGAGUUAUUGCGUGAAUUCAUGAACUUACAAAAAGAAAUGAUGAUCAUGCUUCUUUCAAUGCUUGAAGGUAAUGUUAUGCAUGGACCAAUUGGUAAACAAAUGGUAGACACACUUGUCGAAUCUUCUGGAAAUGUGGAGAUGAUUCUAAAGUUCUUUGAUAUUUUCUUGAAAAUGAAAAAUAUUACAUCAUCAGAAUCAUUCUUGGACUAUGAUACUAAUCGGGAUGGCUACAUAUCAGUGAAAGAAUUCAGGCAACUAAUGGAAUCACAGAAAAUGUACUGCCGCGAGGAGAUUGAUUACAUCAUGAUGUGUGUCGAUGUGGACCAGGAUGGAAAAGUUGAUUAUGAUGAAUUUACUGAGCGUUUCCAUAAUCCAGCAAAGGAUAUUGGUUUCACCAUGGCAGUCUUAUUGACUAAUCUUUCUGAACACUCACCCAAUGAUCCACGGCUUGAGCGCUUCCUUGAGAAGGCCCGAAGUGUCCUUGAUUACUUUAAACCUUACUUGGGCAGAAUAGAGAUCAUGGGUAGUGCCAACAGAAUUGAACGUAUUUAUUUUGAGAUCAAACAGUCACAGAUUGACCAAUGGGAAAAACCUCAAAUCAAGGAAUCUAAACGAUCAUUUUUGCACAGCGUGAUCAAUGAGGGAGGAGAUAAAGAAAAACUGGAAAGUUUUGUCAACUUUUGUGAAGACACAAUCUUUGAGAUGCAACAUGCAACGAGUAUCACCGGGGAGGAGUUGAAGUUGUCAUCUGUGAUAGGUGGUGUAGGAGCAGGAAGCAUUUUAGAGCCCGUGAAGGCAACAUAUCGUACCAUUCGAGAUUUCAUCGGAUCCUUAUUAUCAUUGUUCACAUGGUCCAAUAUCAAGAAUACAUAUCAUACAUUCCGCAGUAUGACCUACGGACAACUGUUUAUGAUGAUCCUAAAAGGAAAUUUCCAAUUUGGACUAUCAAUAUUAACACUGAUAUUCCAUAUAUUCUGGACUUUAGCCAAAUUCUUGAUAAAUAUGAUGAUGGGUGAUCGAGGUAUGGAGGUGACUUCAGAUGCUGUAAAGGCUGCUGCUACCAAACACCCCCCUGCUAUAAUGCCUGCUCCAUUGGCAUUAGGAGCCCCAGAAACGCCUAGUGGAGCGGCACCGGCAGGACCAAAGGUUACACAAGAAAAUGGAGGACCUGUUAAAACGUUCCCUGCUAAGAAGGAAAAUGGUCUGAAAGAAUCUAUCAGUGUGACAGAGGGACAGACGGCACCAGAAGUUGAUGUUACAACAGUAAAUGGUAGUGUACCAUCAAAGGAAUUACCUUCAGCUACCUCUGAAGGUGUAAAUGAAAUGCUUUUGGAAGAAAAAUUCUUGAUAGCUGAAUCAGUGCCAGAAAUUCCAGCUCCAGCUGGAACAUCUACAAACGAAGCGACUAAUGGUACUCCAACGACUGAGAGUGGCAAGGGAGAAGAACUGGAAGGUGAAGAAGGUGUUGUUACAGGAGAGGAAGAAGUACCUUAUGAAACCAAAGCAUUUGAUUAUGGAAAAUAUAUCCUGAGUUAUUUUGCAAGAAACUUUUAUAAUUUCAAAUACGUGGCCUUGGCUCUUGCUUUCUUCAUCAACUUUAUAUUACUCUUUUACAAGGUGAACAAGGUAACUCAGGCUAUGGUUGGAGGAGAGGAGGAAAGCACUGGAAGUAAUGGAACAUCUGACGAGGAUGAUGCUGAAGAGGUUGUGAUGAUGGAAGAAGAUGUGGACUAUUUGUUACCAGUUUUAGAAGUGUUAGCAGUAUUACAUUCAAUAGCCUCCUUCUCAAUGUUGGUGGCUUAUUAUUGCCUCAAAGUGCCUUUAGUAAUCUUUAAACGAGAAAAAGAAAUUGCUCGUAAACUAGAAUUUGAGGGCUUGUAUAUCGCUGAACAACCUGAUGAAGAUGAUAUUAAAGCUCAAUGGGAUAAGCUUGUCUUAAGUACGGGCUCCUUCCCUCAGAGCUAUUGGGAUAAAUUCGUCAAAAAGAAGGUCAGACUACGAUAUGCUGAACAGUAUGAUUAUGAAAGCAUCAGUAAUCUGCUAGGUAUGAAGAAAGGAGAUUCAAUAACCAUAGAAGAUACAGUACAGCAUACUGGAAUGUUGCCAGCUUUUCUCUCAAAUAUGGAUUGGCAAUAUCAACUUUGGAAAUGGGGUGUCAUUUUUACUGAUAAUUCAUUCCUGUACAUUCUGUGGUAUUUCACCUUCUCUGUGCUGGGCAAUUUUAACCACUUCUUCUUUGCUGCUCAUCUUAUUGAUGUUGCUAUUGGAUUCAAAACUUUGAGAACUAUUUUGCAAUCCGUUACACACAAUGGAAAACAGUUGGUGCUUACUGUGAUGUUGACAAGUAUUGUUGUAUAUAUCUACACAGUCAUAGCCUUUAACUUCUUCAGGAAGUUCUAUGUCAAAGAAGAGGAUGGUCAAGUUGAUUACAAAUGCCAUGACAUGGCUACAUGUUUUGUCUAUCAUUUACAUACUGGCCUCAGGGCAGGAGGGGGAAUUGGGGAUGAAAUUGAGCCAGCUGAUGGAGACCCAUCAGAAGCAUACAGAAUUAUAUUUGAUAUCACAUUUUUCUUCUUCAUCAUUGUCAUUUUGCUGGCUAUCAUUCAGGGUUUGAUCAUUGACGCUUUCGGAGAACUGAGAGAUCAAUUGGAACAAGUAAAAGAAGAUAUGGAGUCUAAAUGUUUCAUCUGUGGUAUCGGCAAGGAAUUCUUUGACAAAGUUCCGCAUGGUUUCGACACUCAUGUAAUGAAUGAACAUAAUUUUGCAAAUUACAUGUUCUUCUUAAUGCAUCUUAUUAACAAACCAGACACAGAGUACACUGGACAAGAAACCUAUGUUUGGGAAAUGUAUCAACAGCGCUGCUGGGACUUUUUCCCAGUUGGUGAUUGCUUUAGGAAACAGUAUGAAGAUGAAGCUUCUAGCUGAAAACAGAGCUGAUCCAUUUAACUGUGAUUGAUGUUAGGUAGUUGAUCAACUACAGGUCGAGAAAUGUUCUUACCCGAAUGAUGGACCACAGACUUACAGAUACCAUCAGAAUUUUAUAGGACAAACAUAAAAGUAUUUUCACAACAGAUUUCUGAAACCGAAUUACAACAACUGUAUCCACGAUUAGAACAUUUCAGAGCUGCCUCUGUCAGUUUGUGUGUAUUUGUGUUUGAAUAUAUGAGAUCUUGUGUUUGGGAAGUAGCUUUAAAUGUACAUGUGGAUUCUCCUGUCUCCAGUUGUUCAUCAUGGAGACUACGAAGCAGAACUGUGGCCAAACAUACCUUCAAAAAGAAAUGCAAAUAUAUACAUGUAUUUUAAUCUUUGUGUUUGAUAACAAUACCUAACCGUUUUGAUUCUUCUUGAUUCAAACCCCCACCCCCUCUUAAUUGCAAAUUUCUUUGAGGUUUUGGUCCUUUCUUGAAGGACCUUACUCUUUUCUUAAAUUAAACAAAACAAAUUUGUGCACAUGUCAAUACAGAUAUAAAUCAAAAGAAGAAAUGAAAUAUUGUCGUAAAACAAGAAAAAAAUGAAACCCACCAAAUUUUCUUAUGAUAGAUUUUUAUAAGUAUUUUUUGAACUAUAUGGAAAAUAAAAAAAAAUCCAUAAAAAUGGAAAUAUUGCUAUAAUUUGAUAUUUAUAACUUUUACCCUGAUUUUCCAUUUAUGAAGUUUGAAACGGAGGACUUCAGAACCCAGUUUGGAAGUUCCCAGGUCCAGCUUUGUCCCUUCCAAGAAUGAAAAACAAAAAUAAAGAUUUUAAAAAUUGA